AUGGAGGAUAUUAGUACUCCAGUCAGGAAGAAACCCAAGAGAAAGUCACUCAAGGACAUUACAAAUUUUAUUGAGGAAAAAUCCAAGAUAUUCCAAAGAGGAAAAUCAUCAAGAGUUUCAACAGUUGAUCCUCCAAUUAUUGUUCAAUCAACCAGCAACAAUUUGAAAACGAACGAGGAAAAGGAAAAUGUCGAUCUCUUACCUUCUCCAAUCCUUACAAAGAAGGAUAAGAAGAAAGACACCUUUAAGGAUCAAUUGAAAACAGAAUUGAAGAAUGCCAUCAGCGAUAGCGAGACAAAAAGUGUAAAGUCUCAAUAUCAACAUUUUGUUGAGGAUGAGAUUGCUCAAAUCAGCAGAGAAAUUGUAGAUUCUAACAUUCAACUCUAUGGUGAGACAACAAUGAAGGAUCUUGAUGAGGAAAUGAAUGAAUCUCUCAGUGAUUUAACCUCAGCUAAUAAUAUUAUUCUUGACUUGAUGGAGAGAAACAACAUCACUGAGACGCCACAUGUUACACCAAUAAGAAAAGUCAACAAAGAAGAGUCAUUCCUUAAUGAGUCUGAGAUUAAAGGACUAGUGGAUAGUUUCAUCCUACCAAGAUUUGACCCUGAGACAUCUCUCAUUCUACCUUCAGAUAAAGAAGAAGGGCUCUCACCAAUAGCAAGUCCAUCAUUCUCAAUGAGAUACAACAUUUUCUUCAAAUAA